AUGUUUCCAGAGUGGAGGGAAGUGAGGGCUGUUACAUACCUCAUUGUCCUUUGUGUUGUUUACAGAAAAUAUGAGAGAAGUAAAACAGUAAUUGAAGGUUUUAAGAAGAAUGAGGAGGUACUCCGAGUGAGUCUUGCUGAGUAUGAAGCCACCAUUCGCAAGCAGGAGCAGAAGUAUGAUGUGCUUAAGUCCCAUGCCAUGUCUCAGCUGGAAAGUGCAAACCAAGAAUUGGAUUCUGUUCAUCGUAGUCAACAAGCAGAGACUGCCAAGCUGAAAGCAAUGCUAAAGAAAGCAGAAGUAAAGACAAGCUCACUGGAAGAAAUGUUAGAACAGAAAGUAAAGGAAAAUCAAGAGCUUGCUUCCAUUUGUGAUGAGCUCAUAAAUAAAGUUGGCAACGGUGAAUAAGCUGAGCAUAAGUCACUGUUAUUUUAUUUUCUUUCAUGCUGAGUCUUACUAUGAAAAUAUUACUUUCCAAUUGCAAGUUAAAUGUAUGAAUUUUAAGAUUCCAUAAAAUACAUAAUGAAAAACCUCAUCUUUUGUCAUUUAAGUUUUUAAUUUUUACAUUCUCCAGUAUGGUAUAAUUCUGCAAAGAAAAAUAUGACAACUUACUGAAUUGAUGUUAAAAAACAUGUAAAAGAAUGUAUAUGUGUUGGUAUUAAUUUUAGGAUUCCUUAGAAAAUAUAAUGGAAAACUUGAACUUGUGUUACUUCCCUAAGAUUGUUGUUAAUGUUUACAUUAUGCAUAGUUUGGUAUGAUAUAAUUUGUAUAAGAUUUAAAUUUGAACCAUGUGUCAUGACUUACUGAAUUGAGAUAGAACAAAAUAAAAAUAUAUAUAUAUAAUUCA